AUGCUGAACGCUGCAUUUCGCUCGGGGUUUUUUUAUGGCAUCGUUCCCCGUUGGAUGUACUUUUUAUAAUAUUCAAUCCAAUACCGCUGCAUCAGGGAAGCCGUUGCCGACCCGUAGAUACCCAUAUAGCGAUAUAGCAGCCAAUUGGCUAUGGAAUCUAUGGCCCAUAGAGGACACCAUAUCACCUCCCUCUUUCUCAAAUGCGCCGACCUAUUCAGAAUUCCUUUCCCCUCACACCAGUGUCUUCACAUAGACUCCUUCAGUCACACACUGAGCUUCCGCUCUCUACGGAAAAGUUUACACUCGACUCGGAACCUUUUCAGGCGCGCCAUGCAUACACCAAGAUCUCUCCGAAAUCUGAUCCUUCUCAUGCUCGAGUCUCGCACAAGACGCAAGCUUCAGCGAAGGACGUAUGGAACGAUGGCGCGUUUAUUCUCAAUGAAGGCUCCACGGUGAAAGGUCAGUUUGAAUCUGCUCGCUUACUGGGCCUAACAAUAUCCUCUGCCGCCGUUCGUAUUCUUCAACAGAUUAGCUCUCUCAAUACGCUGACAAUCUUCCAGUCCAAGGUGGUUGGUAUCACAACACCUAUCUUGAUUGGCUUGUACGCCUUUCGCGUGGCUCGUGAUUGGCUUUUGACGGCACAUAAGGAAGCUUCAGAGAGCGAUGAAGAUCUUCCCACUCCUUUGCAAUAUGGCCUCGUGGUCGACCUUUUGAGUGGUUCAGGUCUAGCUGCUCUGGUGCAGGCUGUUCGUUAUAUGACCCGCAGUCAUAGGCGACGAGCACGGGCGAGCUCUAUGCUUAGUCGUUCUUUCCUCGUGAUUCUUACAAUUUUUGUCCUCAAAAACGUUAUCAGUGCUGUAGAUCUCUGGCUUCACACUGUGACCGCGACCAUAAUUCUGCCAACGAUCUCUCCCAUUGAUACACCCUUUCAAUACAGCAUUGCACAAAACAUUUGUCCUCCAUACCCAGAUCCUUGGUACGAGGCAAUCCAUCCAUGCCUAAUGACUGAAGGUGCAUGGCUAAUGGCGUCCGGUCAUUGACUCCCGGUAUGCUCGUCGCAUCGAACAGCUCCGAAGACCUGCAAACCAUAACACUUGCGGAAGCCGAUGAUCUCGCCGUCCUUCAAGUUGUGAAGCCAAAUGUCCCGCAACCCGUUGCUUUUCGUGCGACGACUUUUGGUGC